AUGACUUCAGGACCAUAUCGCCCCCGAUUCUGGGCACUGGGCGGCUCACCCAACAAAUCUAUUGAUAUUCCCGUCACCUCAAUCUGUCUCGCACUCUACGUCUGCGGUGCUGCAAUCCACAUGACCAUCUUUCAGCUCAACCGCCGGCGGGGCCACAAAUUCCUCUUCAAUGCCGUGAUGUUCGGCUUCUGCAUGUCCCGCAUAGUAACCUGCUCUCUCCACUUGUCCUCCUUGAUGCACCCACGCAAUAUCCGCUUCGCCAUCGCCGCACAGAUCUUCACCGCCGCCAGCAUGCUGCUUAUCUUCAUCAUCAACUUGCUCUGGACGCAGCGGGCCGUGCGCUCAAGCUGGCAGAGCGCCCUGUAA